ACUACUUAUCAAGAGAGAGAGAGAGAGAGAGUUAGAGACCAGUGGCGACUUCUUGUGUCUGAAGCCAAGAACCACUUCCGGUCGCUGAGCCAGUGGCGGCGAUGCAUGGCGCAUGGCAGCGAGCUAACUAAACAAAAGACAAAACGGGGACGGUGUUGCCUAGCAACGGAUUCACAAACAAACAGUUCCGUUUAAUCCACAAUCCCAAAUAGUUAUUGGUGUAUUUUUAUUAUUAACUGAAUUAAAUUGAAUAAAAAAGUUAAUCGUUUAAUUAUAUUAAACGAUUAACAUAAAAACAGAUAAUUAUAAAAUGGUGGAGACGGACUGGAGGCGAAUUCUGAGUUUCUCUCAAAAAGAGCUCAAUGAAGAAGAUAAAGAGAAAUUAUGUGACAGUUUGUCGUGGAUGGAAGCGGACGAUAUUGAACUCAAUUUCUCAGAUUUGAAGACGCUUUUUAGGCUAGCCCAGGAUAUUUUGAAGUUUAAAAGCGAGCAGGUGAACAGUUUGCUGGGGCAACUGGAAACCAGUCACAGAAAGAAUGGAAAGAAAAAAUCCAGGGUCCCGUAUGAAGAAUCUCCAACGAAAAGUUCGGACAGUGUUUUGGAAACCAUUGCUCACCAGGAGGAACUCAUCAAAGCUAACAAAGAUAUACUAGAACAAUUAUACGCAGAUAUAGCUGAACUAGAAGGUCGUAAAAACAAGUUAGAACAAGAGCACUCUACGGAUAAAGACAGUGAGUCUAGUCGAGAUGCACUUUCUGAAAUGAAUGCUGUUGAGCAACUGGAAAAGGAAAACGCUAUGAAGAAUAAGCAUAUCAGGAAAUUACUCGCUGAUGUAAAAGUAUUAGAAGAAGAUAAUAUUCAGCUGAAGGAAAAGACAUCGGUACUAAAAGAUAAAUUGAAUGAAGCUACCAAAAUCAUUGAAAGUUUAACUGUUCAAUUAUUCAGUAUUAAUUCUGAAACUUCUCAAUUAAAAGAAAUGUUGGGAAAAUUUGAAGAAACGAAAGCCCAAAUGUCGUAUGAAAUAAAAACCCUGCAAAAAGAACUAGCAAACAAAGAAUCUGAAAAGGAAAAUAUUUACGAAGAAGUCAGAUCCAAGGUUCAACAUUGGAAGAAUUUAGCGAAAGCUAAAAAGGUUGAAUAUGAAAUACUUGCGCAGGAGCAUUCAAAACUUAAAGAAGAUCUAAGUAACUUAGAGUCGCCUCUAGCCUCACCAAAAACUAAAGAGGAUAGCCACAUUAUUAAUAAUCUGCAAGAGAAGUUGACAGAAGCUACAAAAGAAAUCAACGAUUCUGCGAAGUUGAUCGAAGUGUUACGCUCACAAAACAAAUCGCUGAAAGCUUCGUUAACUGAACACGAGUCGCAUGAAACGUCAGUAUCAGAUGGUAGAAAUGAAUCUGAUGAUGGAAAACAAAGAGCUCUUAUAAAUAAACUUAAGAAAAAAAAUAACCUUCUGAUAAACUCUUUACGUGAAGCUGAACAGAUAACAGCCAUGAGAGAAAAAGAGAUAGCUGAAAUAACAUCUGAACUACAAAUUUUAAAGUCAGGUGACGAAGGUUUCACACAGUUAAUGGAAAGUUUGAAAUCUAAAAAGAAACAAUUAAAAGUCAAAGACGACGGGAUCAAAUCCUUGGUCCAAGAUGUAAAUAACCUAAAUCAAACGGUAGAUGAACUGCAAUUGGAAAAUGAAGCAAUGAGGAUGCAACUAAAUAUACCACCAGAAACAAAAAUAUCAACGAAAGGAAUCUUGAAAAAGCACCAACAUAUCACUAAACUUGCAGCUGAUAUGAAAAAGCAAUUGAGAUUUAUGGAGAAUAAAGUAAUUGCUCUUGAAAUUGAAAACCGUGAUAACAAUUCACAGUUAGCUAAGAUGAUCAAGUAUUUGCACAGCAUUGGUUGCGAUAGUGACACUAUAAAGAGCAUUUGUGACGAUACUGUCAACAAUGAUAUGCCUAUGGACGGUGGUGGAGAAGCACAGGCGGCUAUUAUUCAAAUACGUAACCAAGAAAAACAGGAAAUUGAAAACGAAAAGAAAGCUGAGGUAGAAGCCAUAAUGCAAGAAAACGAAGGUCUCAGAAAAGGAUUACAAGAAAUACUCGAUUUCUUAAAGGACAACAGUAAAUCGUCAUCUGGCAUAUUGGCGCUACAAUGCCCAAGUUUAGAAGCUGUUCUUCAUUCAAUGGAAGCGAGGCAUGCUGCUGGAUGGCUGGCACCCCACAUGGCAGUUGUAAUGGAAUUAAAAGCUGCACUCGGUGGAAAAGAUGCUUUAUUGUCUGCUUUACACGAAGCUAGAAAAGAAACAUUUGAAGUUAUGACAGAGCUAUCAAAGGAAUCAAGAAAGACACAGAAUCUUGAACUGAAGUUACAAGAAAUUGAAAAUACUGUAAAACCCAAAGAAUCUGGAGAAAACACAACAAAAUUUGAUAUUUUUGAUGAUUCAGACCUUUUGAACUGGACAUCAGGUAGUGAACUAACAAACAUAGAUUUCUUAAAUAACGAUAAAUUAGAUCAUGUAUUUAAAGACCGAAAUAGUAAAUACGAAAGCCAAUUGCGAAAUUGUCUUGCAUAUUUUCAUAAUAAAUUCAAAGAGUUAUUUGACAAAAUAAGCAUAAUUGCGAUCAAAUCAACUGAUGAACAAAAUAAAUGGUACGUUCAAGAAGAACAGUAUAAGGCAGAAAUAGAAAAUCUAAAAUUUCAGUUAAAUCAAAGAGAAGAUGAAGAUAGAAGUGAUGAUUCUCCUGGUUUAUUGGGAUAUCCUUCAGUUGAUGAACUACAAAGAAAAUGUUCCUACCUAGAAGAAUCCUAUAAAUAUACAAGAACUUUAAUAGAGAACAUAAAAAAUGAAUCAUUAGAAAGCAAAAAAGAAAUUAUGCUACUCACCACUGAAUAUGAAGUAAAAAUUCAAAAACUUAUUCUUACUAUUGCUGGUAUAACAGAUAAACUUAGAAAUUCUGUAAGCCUUGAAAUGUUUUGGAAGCAAAAUGAAAUGUUGCACGCCACGACAAUGAAAUACAAUAAAUUGGUAAAAGUAAAUGUAAGAAGUUACAUUGAGUCUUGUAAGUUACGAGAACUGAUACAAAAUAAUAAUGUAGCAAUUUUGAAUACAUUUGAAACCCAAUUACAACAAAACAGGGAUGAUAAAAAAGAAUCUAAAAUACUACUAGCUAAUGUCGAACAAUCUGUCAUGCAAAAUCAAAUUGAACGACUGUGCGAUGAACUCGAAACGAAAGAUAAUUUAUUAAAAGCUGCCGAAAACAAAAACUUAGAUUUGAUGGAAACUCAAACAAAAAUUAUGGAUCACAAUCUAGCAGCAGCGACAAUAGAUGAGUAUAAUAUUAUGAAAGAUCAACUGGAAAAAUUAGCACAGGAGAACAAGAUAUUAAAAGAUCAAUAUCAACAUGUUGGAAUUCAAUUGGAUUCAGCUCUCAUGCAGCUACAAGAUACUCAACAAAAGCAGAUAACAAAUGACAUGGAAGUCAACAUGUUAAGACAUCAAAUCUUAGAUUUACAAUGCAAGGGUGACAACAAGGCUAUUAUUGCAAGGCUCAGUAGUGAAAUCUUGGUUUCACAUCUCCAAUCUUCAGAAAUACACAAAAAGAUCGAAAGACUCAAUACAGCAUUUUCCAAGGAGAAUCAAAAGAGAAUUGAAGCUGAAGAGAUGCUUAAAGUCCGAGAGAGUAUCUUUAACAUAUAUUCACAGAGAUAUGAAUCUAAAUUCAAAUAUCUUUAUGAAAUUAUUCAAAUUCUGAUACUACAAUAUCAUGGAUGCAUUGCUGUGGCCUCAAUAGAGAAAUAUUUAAACGAUGUCGAAGAUCUGAAUCGAAAGUCUAGAGCUGUAGAUGAAAAACUUGAUGAAAUUGAAGACAUGAGAUUCAAUUUGAUGAAUAAACAUACAAUUUAUGAUCAGAUAAUAAAUAUGUCACGAUCACAAUGUUCAGAAAAUGAAAAUAAUUGUGAACACAAACUGAAACUUAUCGUGAUGCAAGGAGUUAAUAAUCGUGAAAUAGAAUUCUACAAAAAGAAAAUUGAAACACUUAAGAAAUCUAGAGAUGAUGUUACCUAUCAUUGCAACCAUCUUGAAAAGACUUUAGUUCUUGUCAAUCAAGGGUUUGCAAAAACGCCUUUAGAAGACAUAAUUAACAAAAAGAACAAUGAAGAUGAGGCUGAUUAUAAGUUAGUAUUAGAAGAUGUCCAAUCAGAUGAUGAAUCAAGAAGAAGCCAAACGGUAACACUUCCAAAACCACAAGUUUUAAAAUCUCCAAAAGAUGGAGUUGAUAUGACAAAAGAACGCAAAGAUGAAAACACAUCCAUUCUGCCAGGAUCUCCACAAAAAAAUCAUAUGCAUCAAAAUACAAUAAAUACCGUCAGUGUAUACGUUCAAACGAAGGAAGAAAGUAGAAAAAGUAAAAUUAUACAAACAGAUGCUGACAUUGAAAUUAAAGAUUUAAGGACCAAUUUAAAUAAAAUUAAAGAAACCUUGGAUGUACAAAAUAAUCAACUUUCAGAAGCAAAUAAAUUACUUGAACAAAAAUCUAAAGAAGUAAUGAGACUUUACCAAGAAAAUAUGACAUUGCAGAGUAAAAUUACAAGUCUUAAUGAAUGCGCGUAUAAUAAGGACCAAACCAUUGAAUCGUUGCAAAAAAAUAUACAACUGCUACAAUCUGAGAUACAAGAAAAUAAAAAUAGUUAUAUAUUGGAUCAGAAACAUACUAAAGAAAUAGCAAAUAACGAACACAAAGCUCUUUUAGAAUCUCUGCAAAGAAUUGAAGAAGAUAAAAAUAAAAUAGUCAAAGAAUAUAAAAUAAUGCUUCAGACCGAAAGAGAGGAAUAUCAUAUAUCUCUCAAAGAUAUGAAUAUCAAAAUAGCAGAAUUAAAAUCUCAGUUAGAAAGAAAGCAGAGUGAAUCUUCAAACGCUGAAGCCGUGAAAGAAGUUAUUAGUAAAUAUUCCGUUCAAGUGGUGACACUUGAGGACAAUUGCUUUAAAUUGCAAAGUGAAGUAGAUAAUUACAAAACUGAGAUGACAAGAUAUCAAAGUGAAGCAGACAGAUGGAAAGAAUUAGCAACUGAAAGACUUGCACGGUUGGAACUAUUGAAUUCACAACUUGAGGAGCGCCACUGUCACGAAGUGGACACCUACAAAGCUGAAAACCAACAUUGGUUGGCGCAACUGAAUGAAACUCAGAGGGAGCACAUGGAACUCAGAAACAAACUCAGUGAGCAGAAGACCAUGUACGUCAAGCAACUGUCGGACAAAGAUGCACUGAUUGAUCAGCUACGAAAUAUUGUACAGAAUUUAAAAUCGCAGAUAAUGAACAUGCAGACGCUCAUGUCUGCCAACGACCCGAGCUUCGACCUGACGGCGAUCGUGGAGCUGGACGACAGCGAAGCGUCGCAGCGCGGGGACCCGCUCGAGAUCAAGUACGACUGCAGCGGCGACGUCAGAGAUGACGUCAUGGGACUGCCUUCCAGCUCCACUGCUAUCUGGCAAGAGCCAAUAGUGGAGCGUCUGCGUCGCGAGAAGAUGCUGACGGGCAAACAGAACAACAUCCUGCGGCGCCAGGUGAAGGCGCUGGCGGCCCGGGAACGCCGCGCCAGGCUCGAGGCGCACAACUUGAAGAACCAGAUCUAUCGCAUAAGCACAUCGGGCAGCAAGGCGGCGACCGCGGAGAGCGCCAGCCUGCAGUCCAAGAUCGCCAGCCUGCAGACGCAGCUGAGCAGCGCGCGCCGCGACUCCAGCUCCGGAGUCGCGCUGUGGGAGAAGUGGAAGAAAGCGCAGCAAUCAUCCGAGCGCUGGCAGGCGCGCUACGAGGAGAAGUUCAGAGAAGUGCAGAAGCUGGAGGGACGCCUGCGCCAGGCCGCCGCCGCCGUCGCCCGGCUGGAGCGCGAGAAACAACUGCUGCUCAGACGACUUGAUGAAGCUAAAGGAGAAAGACACUUCACAUUUGAGAAGCAAGAGCUAGAGCGGUCUGAGAAGGAGCGAUGUAGUCGAGAAUCCUCGCCGUCUCCGCGCGCGCCGCACAUCCCCACUGACAGACUGAUGGACCGCAUCGAGGCUCAGCAGAGACGGAUAGCGGCCCUGGAACUGGCUGAUAAGGGUAACGAGCCCCUAGUGUCCGAAUACGAACGCUCCUUGGCCGAGGUGACGGCCCUGAAGGGGCAGGUGCUCAAGCUGGAGUCAGCACUGCUGGAGAGCCAGAUGAGGACGCCGGUGCCACAAGGACCUGACGCUCAUCCCGAGCUGGAGUAUUAUAAGAGUUACUGCGACAUGCUGAAGGAGGAGAACCUGCAGUUGUCGAUGCGGCUGAGCGCGCUGGAGGCGGGCGCCGCGCCGCAGCCGGCCCGCGUGGCCGACCUGGAGCAGACCGUGCUCACGCUCAGAGGUUUGGUGAGUAAGUUACAAGCCGAACAGAAGACAUCAGCGAGCCCAAAAAGAUUUGAUUCUAGACCUAGCAGUAGUACGGGCAUAACCGCUGAAAAGAGUCGUACCCAGUUGGAGUCGUAUCGCACAGAAAUAGCUAAUCUUAAGAGGACUAUAGUGGAUAAGGAUAACCUUCUAGAACGUUCUAAGGAAAUGCUGAAAAUUGCCGCUGAAAGAGAAGAUGAACUUCUGAGAGAGAACUCGUACUUACGUCGUAAGAUCGAAGAGAUGUCAGUUCACAAAGGUGGUUUUCAUUCAGCCUAAGCGUUUUAAUAUCAUUUUUAUACCAAAACCAAAUUUCUAAGUACAUAACUAUUUAGAAAUUAUUACAAGAAUCUUGCUUUUGCUUACU